AUGCCUCUGAUACGCCUGGGGACUGCCUCACCAAGCACCCAGUCCACCACGGCCGAGACCCUCCGCCUCCUCUCCUCCAUCGCCCGCCGCGCCUCCGCCCAGAGCAUCGAUAUCCUCCUCCUCCCCGAGGCCUUCAUCGGCGGCUACCCCCACGACCGCGUCAACAAGACCCGCGAGGCCUUCGCCGAGUACUUCGACCAGGCGGUCGACCUCGGGGACACGGCCGGGGGCGCGGGGGCCGGCGACGCCUGGGCCCACAGGGAGCUGGGC